AUGUUAUUUCUGUGGCUUGUCGGAGCUUUCAUUAUGCUAUUUCAGUGGAUCUAUAGGCUGAACAGGGAUUACUGCAUUCUCGGAUUCUUUGCUAAGAGGAUUCGAGCCAAGAAUGGACAGCCCACGGAAAGCAUUGCUCCGUUCGUGAAGGGCAGUACCAUAUUUGCCAACAGCUUCGACUUGUACGGCAAAGAUCACUCUGGCGUUUUUGAACACUCGCGUGACUGUGCAAAAAAACUGGGCAAAAGCUACGUGGAGUACGCAAUGGGAACGGCCAUCUACAAUGUUAUAGACGCGGAUAGUGCGGAACAUGUGCUUAAUGAUCCAAAUCUAAUAAACAAGGGAACAGUUUACUAUUUCCUACAUCCAUUUCUGAGAACUGGGCUGUUGACAUCCACAGGAAAGAAAUGGCAUGCACGACGCAAGAUGCUUACCCCAACAUUCCAUUUCAAUAUAUUAAACCAGUUUCAGGAAAUUUUAAUAACGGAGAGUCUGAAGUUCCUAGAGCAAUUCAAAGGCAAAGACGAGGCAGUCAUCUCGUUGAACGAAGUCAUUCCCAGAUUUACUUUGAAUAGCAUUUGUGAGACGGCUAUGGGUGUGAAGCUGGACGAGAUGGCCGAGAAAGGGGAUCGGUACCGGGAGAACUUCCGUCAGAUCGAAGAAUGCUUCAUUCGUCGCAUGAGCAACCCACUUCUAUGGAGCGAUACACUUUUCAAGAUGUUUGCCGAAAAGGAUUACACGUCUGCCCUCGAUGUGGUCCACGGAUUUUCCAGUGAGAUUAUUGCCAAGAGGAGAGAUCAGCUGAAUGAUGAUAUGGAUAGUAGAGGAAAGACUCAGACAGCUGAAGAUGAAUUAUUUACCAGUAAAAAGCGCUUCGCCAUGUUGGACACCCUUAUUCUUGCUGAAAAGGAUGGCCUCAUCGAUCACAUUGGGAUUUGUGAGGAGGUGGACACUCUGAUGUUUGAGGGAUACGAUACUACCUCAAUUGGGCUCAUCUUUGGUCUAAUGAACAUGUCUUUAUAUCCCAAGGAGCAAGAAAAAUGCUACCAAGAGAUCCAAGCUAACAUCAAUGAUGAAUUAAACAACUUGGACAUUGGGCAGGUGAACAAAUUGAAGAACAUGGAAUACUUUAUCAAGGAAACCAUGCGCCUAUUUCCCUCUGUUCCCGCCAUGGGUAGGGAAACUACGCGGGAAACUGAACUGGGCAACGGUCUCAUCUUGCCAAAGGGCUCCCAGAUUGCUGUUCAUGUCUUCGACAUCCAUCGCAAUCCCGAAUACUGGGAUUCCCCCGAAGAGUUUCGCCCAGAGAGAUUCCUGCCCGAAAACUCACAGAACCGUCACACCUACGCCUAUAUUCCAUUCAGUGCUGGUCAGAGGAAUUGCAUAGGUCAAAAAUUUGCCAUGCAGGAGAUGAAAACCCUAAUGGUGGCCCUACUGAAGCAGUUCCAAAUUCUACCGGAAAUCGAUCCGAAGACGAUUGUGUUUCAAACUGGCCUAACACUGCGGACCAAGAACCAGAUUCACGUGAAGCUCGUGAGAAGAAAAUGAGGCAGCUUUAAAGGAAUCGACAUAUACACGGAACUCUGUUAGCCAUAAUGUGCAAUGAACAAUAGUUUUACCCAAAGACUCCUUUCUUCUCUGGGUGCAAAAAUGUGCUGUGACUAGCUUAUGGCCGAUAAUCGUUGGCAUCUCGACAGCUGCCGCCCCAUAAAUCAUUCAUGCCCUGGCGGGCAGAAGCAGUUCUCCUCUAUUCCAGCAGCUAUUGCAAUUCCAACUCCCAUUUCCCACACAGUGGGAGCUCCCUGUCAUUUCCUCCUCCUUCUCCUCCUUCUGCUCCUAUUUUUGAGGCAGACCAGGAAAAGUCAAGUAAUCUCUGUCCUUUAGCUCACAUAUAUGGGAAUGCAAAUGCAUAAUGCGCUGGCGACUUUUUGUCAUUUGGUUUUCCUCCUCCUGCCGAGGCUACAUCCCUUUCCCACUGACUCCUUUUUGCUUUAACUGCGAUUUUGACAGUUCGUUACUCAGUUAUACCAUUUGCAUGCAUAAUGCAGACUCAGCUUUGUUCUAAGCACAUAAAAUGUGGCAAAGAGACAUGUGACCAUGGGCUCGCAAAAUGCACUGUGUGUGGUGCACUGAAAAUAGUUCCAUCUAUCUUUAGCUGACUAUUUAUUUUAUGAAAUAAUGAUAUCAAUAUCAUCCCGUUUCGAAGGGAUAUAUUAAGUUAGCUUGUCUUUAAUGUGUGGUUUCUGUGACGUAUUAAAAAAACUUAUUGAAAA